AUGCUUUUAAAAGGCAGAACUAAAGCACUACCUCUGAACAAAAAUGAGAAGCAGCUGUACAUCCCAAGAUCCUCAUGGAAAAUGACAACACGUGAAAGAACAUUUUAUCACUUACGAAUAGUCAUAACGCUUAUACUCAGUGCUACACCAUUUUGCUUCAUUUGUAUGGAUCAGGCAGUUUACAUGGUCAUAUCCAACGUGUUUUACUUUACGGGUUUGAUCAAUGUUGAGUAUCCUUCUCACUACGAAGUGAAGGUAUCUGGAAAGGGCCAAGCGGCUGAGCUAAUGAGGACCGUACAAAAUACAUUCUCGCCGCUGACAACUGGAAUCAAGGAAAGAGAUGAACGAUGGAGAAAGUGUUUCGUGGAGCCCAAUCCUCCAGAUGCUUUCACCUUGUAUUGCAUCAUUGGAAUGUUCUUUGCAGCGCUGUUUCUGUGUCGUUUUCAGGUGUGGAUGUCACGACAAUCCUUAGCACUAGCUGAUCACUUCUUUCCUGAUAGAGUGAGACCAAGAGCUUUGAACUUAUACAAUAAGAUCUUGCAAGACCGCAAAAACCUUCUUGGAGACAUGAUGAAGGAGCAAAAGAAGAAAUUAGCUGACGAUCAAAUGGAAGGUCGUGAGACAGUUGUUCGUCGAGGCCUGCAGUCGAGAGGGUUCAUUCGAGUAAACUGCAGCGUUUGCAAUCAACAGGAUCUUCGUUUAGCUGAUCAGGCGUACGUACUUUGCAUUCGACUUCAUUGCAUUCUGAUUUUGAAGGCAGCGCCCAGGCAAAUCUGGGCAUAUGGGGAUCUCAACUGGGAAGUACUUUCGGGACCUAACUACGACGACACCCACCAUCUUGGGGGUGGGUUUCGAACAAUAAUGGAGACGAUGUUUUUUUUUUCAGAAGACAAGACUUUGGGAAACUUGAAAUUACUACUCUUCUCCCCCGGCUCUCCACCGUAAAC